ACUAGUUGCAUGCGGAGGGCUGGUGUGGGGAGGGAGGCAGCGCCGCGCGCAGGGUCUGUGUACGGGCUCGAGUAGUGUAGCGUUAGCUUUAGCCGCAGCCGGGCUCGCGUCUCCUGCGCUGCCCGACUGUCUUUCCCCGAGAACAUCGCCCUUCUCGGCGUUCACUCCUCGUUAUUGGACGCGACGCGGACUGCCUCGGCGCACCAGGCCAGCGAUGGGCGUGUUUCUGCGGCUCGGCGAGGUGUGAAGUCUUGGCUGCGCGAUUCUGCCCGAAGUGCUAUGGAGCCGGAUGUGAUCCGCAUGUAUUGCUCCUCCCCUCCUCCUAUGGAGGACGGCGCUGAGGAGGACGAUGACGAGUUUAGCGAUUUCACCGGCGUCCCAAACAGCGUCAGCUUCUCAGAGUUUGAGACACCGACAACUUUUAAUCAGUUGCAGGCUUUGAACGCCACAUCGCCGCCGGAGCUAAUCACAAACGGUCGAAUCGUGGGGUUACAUGGACCGACGGGACCUGUGAAGUCCAAUGGCAGGAUUCCAAGCAGUGACCAAGGGGACAGUCCUGCUUGUAGGACUGUUAACGUGGAGGAGCUAAAAAAGGCUACAGAGCGUAUGCAUGGAGCAUACACAAAACAUUCGGACAUUUCAGCGAAUGACUGGACUGCUAGCGAAGCUGUUGACUGCAAUGGUGGUGUAGAAGGAGUUGAAACCUUGACGAAUGGCUUUGCAACUUUUGACACAGAGGGAACUCCUCCCUCAUGCCACAAACACAGGGAAACUGGGAAUCCCUCAGUGGAUAACCAUCCUGACGCUGUCGCCAAUGACAAUGAUGACGAUUUUGCAGAUUUUUCUGCGUUUUCACAUGCUGACGUUUCCAGUGGAGGUGCAAACUGGGAAAAUUCGAAUCAUGAAGAUAGACUAGCUGAGAACACUGUUAAACAGCCGCACAGCGAUGGAGAGCAAGGCACUAGCAUAGAUAGAGUAGCUAGCAAAGCGAUGGACAAUGACAAAGAUGCUUGCGUAACAGGGUUUGCCUCGCUAGCAUUUACUGCGGAGGCUUCUGAUGGCCUCCGCAAUGGAGACUGGAGUUUCCAUACUGGGGCUAGUUUUGAACAAAGGGAUUUGGAAACUGACAACGCACAUAUUACUGCUGUUAGCACGGAGCAAACAUUAGCCCAAAAUGGUGUAGCACAGAACAGCCUGGAAGGAAAGGGGAAGGUUGACAACAGGGUGUCGCCCGUCUCGGAAGACGAAAGAGGCAGCAGUACUGAGCCAACAGAGGAGAAAGGGUCUGGGAAUGAUACAGAAACAGAGACCGAAACUGAGACCUCUUUUGGUCGGCCACUGUCCACAGAUGCACUUGAGGAAUUUGGAGAUUUCAGUACGACGGGUUCGGUACCUUCUCCUCCACUCCAAGAAGAGACUGCCACUCCUGCCGACCACAGCCAGUUGGCUGAGGAUGACGAUGAGGACUUUGGAGAUUUUGGUGACUUUGGAGAUGCUAGCUCUUUUGGUGGGGCUGGCUUCGCUGAUUUUGACCAACAGGGGGCCACGUCGGAGGAUGUACCUUUGGAAUCGGUCUCCCAGACCAAUCUGGAAACUACUUGCACCGACAAGGGCGAGUUUGCUGAAUUUGAUGCAUCUAAAGAUCCUGGCAAUGGAGGACAGGAAAAUGAAGAUGGGACGAAGUUUGCGGAUUUUCCUGGUAGCGAUAGUUUUGCAGACUUUAGUUCAGCUCCUCUCGAAAGCAGCAUGGGCACUAGCAGUGGAUGGCAGGCAUUCAAUGAGCCAGACUCAAAUCAGGAACAGGGGGAUUCCUGGGCGGCGUUUGGCGAAGACCAGGGCUCGGUGUUUUCAGAAAAGGGCAACGAUGAUUUGCAUGAAGGACAGUCUGUUCAGGUGCCCCCUAGUGGCAGCAGUGAGGACAGCAGGAAAGACAGCAUAACGGUUUCGCUGGUCAGCCGACUGGAGAAGCUUUUCCUGCUCAGUUUUCCUGAAGCUCCUGUGCCUCAGGUGGGGGAGGAGGUGUCUCCACUCAAAGCCUUCUUCGAGCCUUCAGACAGACCAGCGCAGCAGGAAGGAGACACAGCACCAGCCAGCGGAGCACUUCAGGAUGUGUGGCGGCAGUUGCAGGACGUCCAUAACGCCUUUGGCCUCCAAUAUCAGUGGGGUGGUUCCCAUAGCAACAAAACCCUGCUGUGUUCCCUGGGGAUCGACACAAGAAACAUACUGUUCACAGGUCAGAAGAAGCAGCCGGUGAUCGUGCCCAUGUAUGCUGCUAGUCUGGGAAUGUUGGAGCCCACUAAAGAGCCGGUGAAGCCUGUCUCAGCAGCAGAGAUGAUCGCAUCCAUAGCACAGUCUCCCUCCAUCUCGACGGAGAUGAGCACCUGUCCACCAGACUCACUGCAGGAGACCCUUCCCCCAGUGCAGUUUGACUGGAGCAGCAGUGGCCUUACGAAUCCUCUGGAUGCGAGUGGAGGCUCGUCUCUGCUGAAUCUGGAUUUUUUCGGCCCUGUGGACGAGUCGCCCUCCAGCUCUGCCACCUCCAUACCAGGAGUGGACCCGGAGCUGUAUGAGCUGACCCAGGCUAAGAUGGAGGUGAGCGGUGGGGGCAGUAGAGUUGCGGACGCUUUCGCUCGCCUCAUGUCCACGGUGGAGAAAACCAACACUUCCACCAGAAGACUGCAGGUGCGUAAAGAGGAGAAUCUGAGUGAAGAAGCUCGUCGUGUUAUCGCUGGACUGCCCGAUCUUACUUUCAUGCAGGCCAAAGUGCUGAUGUUUCCCUCCACGCUCACUCCGCUCCCUCUCUCCUCUUCCUCAUCGCCCUCUCCUGUCCCAGACUGAUCCCUCCUUCAUAACCCCCCGCCAAGUCUUUUAGCAUUUCACUCUCUCCAUAUCGUUCUUUUCUGUCUGCAGGUUCUUCUUGUCUGCUUCUUAGAUUGUUUUCUGAGAUUUUUGUUGUUGUCUUCCGUUUUUCCGGUUGCUCUUCUUUUGCUGUGAGUCACGUGAGAAUGAAGGAACAUCUUUUGGCUCAGAAAGAGUUUGGAGGAAAGUGGGCAAAAGAAACCCUUAUUUAUAGUCAUGAUUUGUUCAUAUUAGAGGUUCAAUAUGUAUAUAAUCAGGGAUAAGACUUCUCAUUUGACCCCCCCCUUAAAGGACUUUUAUGAUUCUGUGUGUGUGUGUGUGUGUGUGUGUGUGUGUGUGUGUGUGUGCGUGUGUGUUAAAUAUCUUUUUGCUGAGGAAACACUGGUUCAGAAGUCCUUCAACGAAGGCAGAAAAGCGAAGUGAAAUCGGUCACACGUAUAUAUACUUAUAUAAAUAUAUAGAUUCUAUAUAAUAAAUAUAAUGACUUGAAACCGUACUGCCUGCAAAAUUCUGCUGGGUGAUUGUUUUUCUUUUUUUUGUUCCUACUAUUUGAUUAAAAAGGCCUUAGUUUUUAAUAGUAUUUGUUAAUAUAAUUACAAUAUUGAUUAUUGUGUAGAUUUCUUUUCUUUCUUUAGUUGGUUUCUUAUCCCUUUAGCAUUGUCGUCUUUUUUGUCUCGCUUUCUUUAGUUCAGGUUAUUAAACGUUUAUUGUACACGGCGCUCGAUUUCUUCCUCUGCUAAAGCCUCUCAUAGGUGAAGCCCAUCUACGAUUAGCAAGACGGUGGCUGCUUUUUUAACACAGCUGCUUUCUCUGUUUCCUGCUGGAUUAUUUUUGUGUUUAUAUAUUAUUAUUAUUAUUAUUAUUAUUGUUUAUUUUUUGUUUUAAACACGGAGGGAUGCUUUUUAAAAAGUUGAAACCACUGACUCUGGACUGUAAUGUGAUCCAUUUGAUGAAGGAAUCAUUGAGAAAUGAAAAAAAAAAAACAAGAUUGACUUGAAAUACUUGGCGAAUAAGGGACCAAUACCUGCGUUUAUAUCUGUGGCUAUUUUAUUCCUCCCUGUUAUCAAAGUGCUUAUUAAUGUCUGUUUUGCUGUCAGUCUGUUUGUUUUAGCUGUAGGACCCUAAAUUGACUUUUCUGGCAAACAGUUUUUUUUCCCCAUCUGAGCACUGCAUUGUGGGAAAUGUUGUCCAGAAAUAGUCCUGUUUAGAGGCUUCCUUCUUUUGCCCCCCCCCCUUAUUAAAUUGUUUUUUUUUUUCUUUUUGGGUUCUACCACUAUGUGUUGUCUGUCUCUCCGUGUGGAAUUUUGCACAUUGUAAAGAUAUAAUGGAAGUACUACUUAAUGACAUAGUUGACUGUGGCUUCUGACUGUGUACAGUGAGACUAUGAAACAUGUAAAAAUAAACAGGAAAACAAAUGUUUUGGGAAAAAUUCCUAUGGAAAAAAUAUCUUGCUGAAGAACAUGGUAACCCCCCCUCCACAGCCCCUCGACAGGUUGAGACGAGCAUGUCCGAGCUCUUUUUGACAAACAGACAAACAAACAGGAAACUUUAAGUGUGUAAAUUUUCUUUUAGUGUCCACAAGAAAUUAAAGUAAUUUAAGAGUU